UGUCCGUCACUUUCCCGAGGUACAAAAACACACCAGCACUCUCAAUUUUUGGUUUUGCUUGAACCACAGUCUCUUACUCAAUUCCCAACAUCGACCACAAUGGCACUUGCACACAUGCUCCCGAAGGAUGCACUCGUGCUUUGCACAGUGAGUGUACUUUUCAUUUACUUUGGCCUCAUUCUCUGGACAAACUUCACCAUCAUCCUUCCCUACUGGACACCUCUCUUCUGGGCUGCUGCACUUUCAGUUCCUCUGGUAGUUUCACCCGGAAAAGGAUUCAUCAAGCAUAGCAAAUACUGGAAGAAAAAUGUGUACUGAUAAAUGACCUUCGUAUUAUGUUUGUCGAUCGUUUAGCACACACUCAAGACGCGUUUACUGCCUGUUCUUCAUGGAGCACUC